AUAAACAAAUAUUUUAUUAUAAACAUAAUAGAUUAAGAAACCUCAAUUGUGGUGAGUUUUAAGCAAUUCAUACAAACAAAUAAUAUAGAAGAAUACUGUUCAGCACAAUAAACAGGUGUAAAUUUUUAGCAUUAUUAUAAUUUUUUUUGAGUUAAUAACAAAUUGACAGUAAUAAUAAUAUAAUUUUGCUCUUAAUUACUAAGGUCAUUUUUUUUCAUUCAUUAUCAGAGAUAAUAACAAAAAUUAUAAAAUAAUUAUGGGAGGAACAACAGUUGAUCAUAGACAAAUACGUAAACAUCAAAGCUUAAACGCUAUUAAAAAUAGCAAAUCUAAUACUUUUGCUAAACCAGGGCAUGUUGUUUAUGAAAAAGCCAAUUUUUAUAUUGACUCAAGGUAUCAGCUUCAAAAGAUUUUAGGGAAAGGAUCAUAUGGUACCGUUUGCUCAGCAAUUGAUGCCAGUUUAUCUAUAAGUAAAGGAUCGAACCAGAAUGAUGGAAGCAAUAAAGAACAGCCUAUUAAAAUUGCAAUCAAGAAAGUUUCAAACAUUUUCAAUAAGGAAGUAUUAUUGAAAAGAGCAGUUAGGGAGUUGAAAUUAUUAAGAUACUUUAAGGGUCAUAAAAAUAUAAUUAACUUGAUUGAUUUGGAUAUUGUUUAUAUUAAGCCAUAUGAUGGACUAUAUUGCUUUCAAGAAUUGGUUGAUUAUGACUUAGCAAAAGUUAUCCAUUCACCAGUUCAAUUUUCCGAGUUUCAUAUUCAAAAUUUUUUGUAUCAAAUUUUAUGUGGAUUGAAAUACAUUCAUUCAGCCGAUGUGAUUCAUCGAGAUUUAAAGCCUGGAAAUAUUUUAAUUACGAUUCAAGGAGAGUUAAAGAUUUGUGAUUUUGGGUUAGCAAGAGGAAUUAAUCCGAAUUUUUUUAAAAACAAGUCUCAACAAACUAUUACUAAUUACGUUGCAACCAGAUGGUAUAGAGCGCCUGAGUUAAUAUUAAGUCAUAGGAACUAUAGUAAAUCGAUUGAUAUGUGGGCAGUUGGGUGUAUUUUGGGGGAAUUUUAUGGUAGAAGGCCAUUAUUUGUUGGAAAUGAUCAACUACAUCAAAUUACGGAGAUAGUUAAGGUAUUGGGAACACCAUCGAUUGAUAUAAUAAAGAGAUAUGGGUCCAAUAUUGCAUUUGAAUUUUUCACAUCGCCUAAACCUCAAUAUCAGGCAGUUUUGUGGAGCAAUGUUUAUCCAUAUGCUUCUAAGGUUGCAGUUGAUUUGAUUGGAAGAUUAAUUUGUUGGGACUCGAGUAGGCGAUUAAAUGUUGAAAAAGCGUUGGAGCAUGCAUUUUUAAAGGAGGUUAGAAAUGGUGAUGAUGAACCAGUUUUAGAAAAGCCAUUUGAUUUUAGUUUCGAAAACACAGCGACUACUAUGACAGACUUGAAGGUUUUAAUUCAUGAAGAAGUUGAAGCAUUUAAGGUGGAAAGAAUUAGGAAAUAAAAAGGAAAAGGAAAAGGAAAAGGAAAAGAAAAAGGAAAAGGAAAAGGAAAAGAAAAAGAAAAAGAAAAAGAAAAGAAAAGGUUGGGAAACAAAGAAAGUGGUUACCCUUAGUGGCGGUGAGGAUGUCGUAUGAUUGAUAUGAUAUUAUGGAUAGCAAACAGUUUAAGAGUAUAAACUAGUGUAAAGCAAUAGAUUAGAAUAAAAUAUAAUAAAAUAUAAUAAAAUAUAAUAAAAUAUAAUAAAAUAUAGUAAAAUAUAAUAUAA